GAGAGAGAGAGAGAGAGAGAGAGAAAAAGAGCGAACGAACGAGAGCGACAAAGAAGGGCACACACAACAACAACAACAACAAAACAACAAUAAUAUUAGCUUCGAGUCCUUCAUGGAUAGAAAGUCGAAUCGUCAUACAUUCAAACACACAUCCACACAUCCAUAUAUCCACACCUACAGCUACAACUUAGACAUACACAUCGAUGCCUCCAUACAAUAGCGAACGAGCAGCCAUUUUUAUGUCAAUUCGUUUGUUUUCUCUUAUAUGUUUACAUUUGUCAGAUUGGCAAUUCGCCUCAGUGAACACAGAUUUUGGGGUUCGUUCGAUGCCAUCGGUUUCGCUGGUUCAUUCGAAUCGAUUUUUUUCGUCUUCGAAUUUGUGAUUUUUCAUUUAAUUCUAUCCAAUGGAGCCAUUGUUAGAAAAUAAAUCAUACAAAUGUACGAAGUUUUUUUUGUCAAAAUUAAACUGUUUUUAUUUUAAUAUGAAACAUAUUUUGUUUGAAGUCGCUGCAUGUUCGAAAUCGCAUAUCGAUGCAUGACCAUGCGCGCACACCACAUUCAUACCAAUUCGCCAAUGUUUAUGUUUCCAUUGUGUGUUUGCGACAAGCCUCAUUAUUGUUUACAACGCCGCUCUCGCUAGACAGAACAUCAAGUGCAUUUCGUGCGAUUCUCAAUUUGGUUUGCUAGUUGGUUUAUGUUAGUUUUAUCUCUUUUCGCUUUGGAAAAUCAGCGAAUAAACCAUCGAAUUUAAUUGAUUGUUAAGCGUAUUCGUAUUUUGCUGACGGCAAAGAUACCGGAUCGAAUCGCCAAUUCAAAAUAUUUGUGAUAAGAUGGCCGGUACAAUUCUUGAGAAUUUAAGUGGACGAAAAUUGGGGAUUUUAGUCGGCACUUUGCUCGUAUGCCAAGUGAUUUGUUUUCUUAUCGGAGGAUUGAUCGCUCCAGUGCCUGCGAGCGUACAAACAAUUCUUGGUACCGUGUGCAAGGAUAUACCCGGCUCAUUCAAUGACACCACCAAAUGGGUAUAUUCAAGAGGGCUCGGAAAAUGCGAAACCAUCCAUCAAAGCGAUCUUGAACGACAUGAUAUUCGGCUUGCCAAUCAAAUCGUAUUCGUAUUUCAGAUGCCUCUUCCACGUGAAGGAAAAGUGUUAGACUAUUCGAGAUGGCAGCAAAAUCUCAUCGGAAUCCUCCAAACGGAUAUUGCCCAAAAUGAAGAAGUGAUGCUUGAGCAUCCCCGUGCAAUCGUUACUCUUGACGCCCGUUUGGCAUAUCGUAACAAAGGCGAUGCCGAUGGUGACUGGAAACACUGCUCAUCGUCACUUGAACAACGCGAGUUGGACUGCAGUGGGGAAGAUCAACUAUCCGAUGAGAACUCGUGUUCAACGCUGCCGCUAUUCGAACUGGGAUCAUUACACCAUGACUUCUAUUUGUUGAACGUUCGAUUGCCAGUGGACUCAGAGCGCAAAAUGAAUUUGAACAUUGGAAAUAUUCGUGACUUGCAUUUGACGGUGAUUUACCAGAACGGUGGCUUUACCAAAGUCUGGCUAUCGUUGAAGACGAUAUUCUUCCCAUUUAUUGUGGCCAUCAUGUGCUGGUUCUGGAAUCGUGUCCAUCAACUGCAACGCUCACCAGUUCUCAUUGAGUACAUGCUGUUGGGAUUGGGAGGCGCAUUGACAUUCUUGAAUCUUCCGCUUGAAUACUUUACGCUAUACUUCGACAUGCCGUUUAUGCCACUUCUGGCCGAUAUUCGGCAGGGAGUCUUCUAUGCUCAGCUGUUGUCAUUUUGGUUGAUAUUUGCCGGUGAGCACAUGCUCAUCCAGGAUGGAGCAUCAACAUUGAAAACGUACUGGAAGCACUUGAGUGCUGUGGUUAUUGGAUGCAUUUCAUUGUUCGCGUUUGAUGUGUGUGAGCGUGGAGCUCAGCUCAGGAAUCCAUUCUAUUCCAUUUGGAUGACCAAAAUCGGAGCUAAUAUCGCUUUCACGUUCAUUUUGCUUGCUGGAAUUUCGGCUUCGGUCUACUUUUUCUUCUUGUGCUACAUGAUUUGGUGUGUGUUCUGUAACAUCAGUAUUAAACGAUCAUCUUUGCCAUCGAUGUCGAUGGCGCGUCGGCUUCACUAUGAGGGCAUUAUUUAUCGUUUCAAAUUUCUCAUGCUUGCCACAUUGAUUUGCGCCGCAUUAACCAUUGCCGGUUUCAUCAUUGGCCAAAUGUCCGAGAGCCAAUACCGUUUGGAUGAUUCCAUUCAUCUUGAAUUUACAUCGGCAUUCUUCACCGGCGUCUAUGGCAUGUGGAACAUUUACAUAUUCGCACUGAUCAUUUUGUAUGCACCAAGUCACAAACAAUGGCCAUCGACCGGUGGAAACGGAACAACAAGCAACAAUGACAGCGCAACCGAAAAUAUUGUCGGCGAAGAGAUUGAAUUCAAUAGCUUGCCAUCGGACACAAAUCCAAGCGAAAUAUCAUCGCUAACAUCAUUUGCACGCAAAGCAGCUUUGGAUUAGAUACAAUUUUGGUUUACCCUUCACCACUUCUUAAUUUGUAACACAAAACAUUAAAUUAAAUUCAUUAUGUUUUUUUUAUGUUAAAAGUCCAAAUAAGCAACAAGAACAAAAUUGUUACGAUCAACCGAUUAGCAUGAUAACAUUACUUUAGAUUAGUUUAGUCACUGUUUUAACUACCAAACUUUAAACGAUUCUCAAAAGAUGUGCAGUUUUUUUUUAAUCAUGUUUAUGGUAUGAAGAGAUUUUUGUUUGUAACCGAGUGCCAAUGAAUGAUUUUCGUCACUUUUAUCUAUAGAUUCAAGAUUUGUAUUGGAAGUAUUUUUGUACCGUUUUUCGUGCACAUCACAGCUUAAUAGAGCUUUUACUAUGUAUUGAAACGGUUAGAUUUCGAGCUAAGUAACGAUGAUGAUCGACAGAUUAGUGACAAAUUUGAAAGUAAAUAAUGCAACUAAUUGCCAAAAUUGGUUCAAUUUGAAAUGUAACAAUCGAUUGGAAUGUUGCAUCACCAAUAAAAAGAAUAUUAUGGGCAUUACAAA